CACUCUUUGAUGUGACUUUAGCUCUUUGAUCGCACUUUUUUAUUUUUUGUGCUUAAAUUCACUCAAUUCCUGCUGUUCUCUUCUUUUUUUUGGUCUGUAUUUUUGUUGCGAUGUUAUCUAGACUAUCCUCUUCGAUUGCUCCAGCUGCCUCGAGAUUGUUAAGAGUUUCCUCGGUUCAAGCUCAAUAUCUCCCCUUUCGAAGAUUUAAUUCCUCUUUUGACUUCACAAAAGAUCCUCCGAUUAUUCGUAUUAACUCAAUUGCACCAAAUUUUAACGCUACUACUAAUGAAGGCGCAAUUGAUUUCCACGACUUUAUUACUAAGUCCAAUUCUUGGGUCAUUUUGUUUUCUCAUCCGGCUGAUUUCACGCCAGUUUGCACAACUGAAUUGAACGAAUUCAACUCACUACUCUCGCAAUUUGGCGAAAAAAAUGCAAAGUUGAUUGCUUUAUCCACCGACGACGUUAAAAGUCACUUGGAAUGGAUCAAGGAUUUAGAAGAAAUCUCAAAGAAAAAAUUCCAAUUCCCAAUUAUUGAUGAUUCGGAUAAAAAGAUUUCGUAUGUUUAUAACAUGAUUGACCAAGAAUCUUUCGAAAAUUUGCCAACCAACACAAUCGUCCAAACAAUUAGAUCAGUUUACAUAAUUGAUCCCUCAAAGAAAAUUAGAGCCAUUAUAACCUAUCCACCAUCCGUUGGUAGAAACACUUCCGAGGUUUUAAGAGCUCUUGAAGCCUUGCAAACAACUGACAAAUUUGGCGUGGCCACUCCUGUCAAUUGGCAAAAGGGUCAAAAAGUUAUUAUUCCUCCAACUUUAUCUGAUGCUGAUGCUAAAAAGAAAUUUGGUGAUUUCACAGCUGUCAAACCUUAUUUACGUUACACCAAUUUAAAAGAAUAAUUGAAAAUAAUUAGUUAAUAUUAUUUUUCAAUAUCGUAUUUUCUACUUUUUUUCUCCAACUUUUAUUAUUCCCCUAAAUAGCC